AGUCGUUUCUUCCCGAUGCCGGUUCCCAGCAGGCAUGCAAGUAUCGGUCGCUCUCAGAGCUGGGAUGCCGCCGGGUGGUACGAUGGCCCCUGGGAGAUCGCCGAGGCUCCAGGGAGGAGAGGCUCUCUGACGGACGGAGGUGGGCAGGGACCUUGGUGUGAGCAGCCACCCCCCGGGCUGCAAGCCACCAUGUCUGGGGCUGCCGAGCCCUACCUUUGCCGGGACACCUUUUACAAGUCGCUCGCCGGGAGGAAGAAUUCCGUCCCCGACCUCACCUUUUACGACAGCAGACAGGCAGUCACGUCUGGCCACAGUGCCCUGCUGCCGCGGGAUUCCUGUGGCAACCUGUUCGGAGGCACGAGGAUGCCUGGAGAGGCCCGGCACCAUCAGGACCCGGGAGUCGUGCAGUCACUGCCCACUUACGGAGUUCUUGGCAGCAGAAUGACGUGGGAUCAAGUCCAAAGCCGGUUCCCUGCCCUCCAGGACACCAGUCACCUAUACCGGGAUCCUGGAGGUAAAAUGAUCCCCCAGGGGCAGCGUACACGGAGCAGGGCCUCAUCCCCAGCCCGGUACUCAGGGGAGCUGCCCGAUGGCAGGUACGGGGCCGAGGCCGCCGCCGCUGCCUACGCUGCCAGCCAGGUCCACAACGAUGUGGGCGACAGGCCUGUGGAUUCUGCCCCCUCCAGGCAGGUGGCCCCCACGUGCCUGGUCGUGGACUCCAGCACUGCCACCUCUGAGGGUGGCACAGGCACUGCCCCCCACGCCCUGAAUCGAGUCUGUGAAGCGGACCUGCCUGCCUUCCCGGGGCCUGGCAGCAAGAGGAACACACGGCCCGAGUUCCUGGCCCUCCUGCGGGCCGAGGGUGUGGCAGAGGCCACACUGGUGGCCUUGCUGCAGCAGGGCUUCGACUCCCCAGCUGUCCUGGCCACCAUGGAGGACGCAGACAUCAAGUGCGUUGCACCCAACCUGGGCCAGGCCCGUGUCCUGAGCCGCCUGGCCAAUUGCUGCAGGACCGAGAUGCAGCUGCGGAGGCAGUGCCAGGUGGGCGCCCUGCCCCGGAUACGCUCCAGCAGCUUCAGCCACCGAAGUGAGCUCCAUGACGACGUGUCUUCUCUGGGAGCCCCUGUCCUGCAGCCACAGCCUGUGGGUCCCCUGCAGGCAACGUCCCCUCAGGCGGGACACCCUGCUCGCCGCCCUUCCAGCGCUCCAUCCCAGCACCUCCCAGAGACAGCGGCUACCUACUCUGCCCCUGGGGUGGGUGCCCAAGCGCCCCACUUCCCAUCCAACUCUGGGUACAGCUCUCCCACCCCUUGUGCCCUGACAGUGCGACUGGGCCCCACAUACUCCCCACAGGCCGGUCUGGCUUUGACUAACCCGGGCCCUGUGGCCCCCUUUCACCCAGGCCCCAGAACAGCCUACUCCACAGCAUACUCAGUGCCCAUGGAAUUGCUCAAGCGGGAGCGUGGCAUGGCCGCGUCUCCCCUGCCCAGCCCCCACAGCAGCCCCCAGCUUCUGUGGAAGCCCGGUGUCCCAGUGGAGCCAUCUGCCCUGCCGCCAGCCAGCCGGAGCCUCCACACGCCUCACUCGCCCUACCAGAAGGUGGCCCGACGGACAGGGGCCCCCAUCAUCGUGUCCACCAUGCUCGCUCCAGAACCAAGUAUCCGCCCCCAGAUCAUGAACGGCCCCCUGCACCCCCGCCCUCUGGUGGCACUGCUCGACGGCAGAGACUGCACCGUGGAGAUGCCCAUCCUGAAGGACCUGGCCACCGUGGCCUUCUGUGAUGCACAGUCCACUCAGGAGAUCCACGAGAAGGUCCUGAACGAGGCUGUGGGGGCCAUGAUGUACCACACCAUCACGCUCACCCGGGAGGAUCUGGAGAAGUUCAAGGCCCUGCGAGUGAUCGUGCGCAUAGGCAGCGGCUAUGACAACGUCGACAUCAAGGCCGCCGGCGAGCUCGGGAUCGCUGUGUGCAACAUCCCGUCUGCGGCAGUGGAAGAGACGGCGGAUUCCACCAUCUGUCACAUCCUUAACCUGUACCGGCGGAACACGUGGCUGUACCAGGCGCUGCGGGAAGGCACGCGGGUGCAGAGUGUCGAGCAGAUCCGGGAGGUGGCCUCGGGAGCAGCCCGCAUCCGCGGGGAGACGCUGGGCCUCAUCGGCUUCGGUCGCACGGGGCAGGCGGUUGCUGUUCGAGCCAAGGCCUUUGGAUUCAGCAUCGUAUUUUAUGACCCCUACUUGCAGGAUGGGAUAGAGCGAUCCCUGGGCGUGCAGAGGGUCUACACCCUGCAGGACUUACUGUACCAGAGUGACUGUGUCUCCUUGCACUGUAAUCUCAAUGAACAUAACCACCACCUCAUCAAUGACUUUACUAUAAAACAGAUGAGGCAAGGAGCAUUCCUAGUGAAUGCAGCCCGCGGCGGACUGGUGGAUGAGAAAGCCUUAGCCCAAGCUCUCAAGGAAGGCAGGAUACGAGGGGCGGCCCUCGACGUGCACGAGUCGGAGCCUUUCAGCUUUGCUCAGGGUCCCUUGAAAGAUGCACCCAAUCUCAUUUGUACACCCCACACAGCCUGGUAUAGUGAGCAAGCAUCACUAGAAAUGAGGGAGGCAGCUGCCACCGAGAUCCGCCGGGCCAUCACAGGUCGCAUCCCAGAAAGUUUAAGAAACUGUGUGAACAAGGAAUUCUUUGUCACAACAGCUCCCUGGUCAGUGAUCGAUCAGCAAACAAUUCAUCCGGAGCUCAAUGGCGCCACAUACAGGUACCCACCGGGCAUCGUGGGCGUGGCUCCAGGCGGACUUCCUGCGGCCAUGGAGGGGAUCAUCCCUGGAGGCAUCCCUGUGACCCACAACCUCCCCACAGUGGCACACCCUUCCCAAGCUCCCUCUCCCAACCAGCCCACAAAACACGGGGACAAUCGGGAGCACCCCAAUGAGCAAUAGCAGAGUGACAGUGACACACGGUAAUCCUUCAGAUAAACCUGGGACCAAGAGAUAGUGAGAAAUAGUUGAACUAAAAGGAAAGGAAUGUGACAGUCUUUCUAACUGACUCUGGACAUACGCGUCAUUGACGUUGCAGUGUUAAAACUACAAAGAGCUAGAAACCAAGACGUGGGAAAACUGAAGAUGCGGUCGGCUUACGGAAGCGCUGAAAGAGUGGGACGAGAUUAUUAGCGACCAACUUCUGUUAUUGUGUGUUAAGUUUUUCAUCUGUGCAUCAAAUCACAAAGAAUAAAUAGAUCUUUUUCCUUUAUCAACCCCUUGGGCACAGCAGGUCCUGAACACCUUACUCUAGAAUGUUGCAUCAAGAGUUCCAAACAUCAAAAUAAAAAAAUAUUAAGAGGAAAUCCCCAUCCUACGACUCUAGUCCCUUCGGUCCAUGGGGGCUGGUUACCUCUUCUGCUAAGAGGAAGAUUCCAUUACUCCAAAAUGGGGAGAAAACUGUUCGCCUGUUAGCCAACUGCACGCCUAGGACUGAAGACAGUACGGGCUCCGGUGCGGAGAAGCCUCCCCCGCCUGACUGCACACUGCGGGCAAGUUGGUUGUGGAUUCAGUAAUACCCUCUGAUGAUGCAAAAAAAGAAAAGAAAAAAGUAUUAAGUUUCACAAGCUGUUUGUACUCAAAUAUAUUUUCUCAGUUUCAGAUCCUCAGCUAUUUUAUUGAGUGGAAAGUCUUGAACUGAAAGGUUCAAGAAUAAUAAUGUUGCAUUUCCUUAUGUCUCAGGAAACACUUUUUAUGGUAACUUGUCAGAUUGUCUAUGAACCCACUUUUUUAGACAUUGAUAAAGUCUUCUCUUCACGUGAUAUUUUAUACAAGAACACUUCAGGCGUGUUAUUAGAUGUGACUGAUUUUAACAAAUCCUAUUAGAUUUGUAUCGACUAGUUACACGUUAUAUUCAUAGUCUUUUGUGAGUCAUCGCCUUUUUGUUUAAAAGAUGGCCUAUUUUGAGCCUUUGUAUAGGUACAUUCCUGUUUUUGUGACAAAAAAAAAAACUUUUAAAACUGUCCCAAACAAAAAUAAUGGCUAUCAGAAAUGUUUUGUUUUAGUGUGAGUUACCGUUACUGUAUUUGUUUAUUGUAAAGGUGGACAUUUAGCGUUCAGUGCAGUUUUCAAUAAAAAGUAAUAAAAAUUUGUUAAGUUCUGAAA